GAAUGGCCUAUUUACUUGUGCCUUACAUCCAAUAAAUAACGUAUCCGGUUUCCAAAUAAUCUAUUCGCUAUUUUCAUGUUUAACCAUACUAUGACCCUUAAACAAAAAUAUAAAAAUACCAGUCUGUCUGAAACAUCUAGGCUAGUCUUGUUAUUAUGCAAUAUGCAAUCAACUCCUUUUGAGAACACUGGAACAGGCAAUUGUCAGAAAAUGGAUAAAUUAACCGAUUCAGUCGUUGAAAAAGUGAAACAAGGUAAACUUCAUUCAUCUAGCGAAAUGCUGAUUGGUAGUGAAAGGGGUAAUUUAUCACCGAUUUGGUGUGCAUGUUUACCUGGUGCCGGAUAUUAUUCACCAAUUACCAGGAAUUCUUCAUCUGAAAUAAUUAGUAUGAAUUAUGGAAAUAUUUUGACUACUAAUGGUCAAAUUAAUGUACAUCUUUUACGUUUUGGACCAGAUCAAGAUAUCUAUGAAUGCUUAGUGCAUCAUAUUCUACGCCACCAUUUAUCUGGAGGUUUCAUUAUAACAUGUUGUGGCAGCGUUAAAACGGCUCAUCUACGUUUAGCGAAUUUAAAAGAAAAAACUUUUAGUGGUCCAUUUGAAAUUGUGUCACUUGUGGGCACAUUGACCAAUGAUGGUCAUCCUCACCUACAUAUUGCAUUAGCAGACUCUAAGGGUUGCGUAUUUGGUGGACAUUUACUUAGAAAUACAAAAAUUCACACAACAUUAGAAAUUGUUUUUGGAAUAACAGGCGUAGAAUCAAAUUUAUCAGACAAUGAAACUUCUGAAUUACUUGCCUCCUCUUCUUCUCUACAAAUGAAUCGGAAUCAUAAAUGUAUGGGGAUUAGACUCAUAAGAAAAUAUAGUGAAGAAACUGGCUUUGAUGAAUUGGACGCUGAGAUUAUUCCGAGCAGCAUAUCAUCGUCUGAAAAUGAUAAAUAAAUUGCUUCUUCAGUCAUCAUUACUAAUACUACUGAAAAUAAUACCAGUAGUAUUAGUAGUUAAGUUAGAACCCAAUAAAAUGAAUUGAAAUAAAUGGAUAUUUAAAUCAAAAUUGAUCAUAUUUUGACCAUAUUUUAUAACUGUAUUCGGUAUGAUUUGAUGAAAAUUAAUUUCCUGUUUUUAUCUAUGUGAAAAAAAAUUACUAAUCUAAUAAAGAUAAUGAAAUUACUGAUGGUCAAUGACAAAAAAAUGAAACAAUACUUAAUUAAACUAUGUUAGAAAAAUUAGUUUUCUUUUAUAAUUGUUUGCAUUUUAUAUCAUUCUGUCUUCAUGGUGACGAUAAUCUAGAAAAGCUACAGAAUAACCAACUUUCUAUUUAACUUUCACAAAGUGUUUGCGUGAAUAACUUAACCCAUUUCGAUACAUCGAUAAUCAUAUAGGACUUCUUUUUUUCUGUUUGUAUAUUUUAAGAUUGAGUAGAAAAUAUUUUGGAAUCUGAUUACUGAAGUUUUAUGAGUUUUAAAGAUCUUUUAUAGUCUAUGAAAAAUAAAAAGUAUCUUUUUCAA